AUUUAUUCUCUCUCUUUCUUUCUUUCUUUGGGUUAAAGUUGUUAGAUUUCUCUCAAUCCAGGAUCCCUUCUCCGCGCGUAUAGUUUUGGAUGAUAUAUGCACGAUGAACGAACGUUUAAACCCCAUUUUUAUUUAUUAGUCCAGAGCUUCUUGAGAAAUUAAGAAACUCACAAGCCGCAGUUGUCUGAAUCCUUUCCAGUGCAGACAGGCUAAGUUGACAAGUUCUUGGCCUGCUUUUGGCAUCAAAGGCGGCACUCAUAGCCAGUACGGAGACAUGAAGGGACCUGUAAGAUGGGAUGAAGCUAAGCUUGCUGAAAUUGAGGCAAAUAAACCUGUCAGGAAAAAGAUUGAUGAACCCAAGACACCAUAUCUCCCAAUGGUUAACGAAGACGGCUCAUUGUAUUCCGUUGGCAGCACUAGUAAUGCUGCACAGGCUGAAGCCAUAAGAAAUGCUUUGAAGGAAGUAAUUUCAAGUCGAAUGUAUACAGGUUUUGCAGGAUGGACAUCAUCUGAGGAUGAGUCUGAAGCCACGGAGCAAGAUGAAGGUAGUGUAAAGAUUGAGAAUGACAUAACUUUUGAAGAUAAUAGGAGAAAACAUCAUGAUGAGUUCUGGGGGCUAAAAGAGCUAAAGAAAAAAGUAUGUUUUCCGGAUGAUAAGAAUGAUGAGGAUGAUGACGCAGGGAGACAGCAUUCAUGUUCGUUUCUUAACAAUGGGUUGAGAGAAAUACACAUCGAUGGUCCCAAUGGAAUCCUGCGAACGAUAGACAUUCAGGAAGUUACUGGGAGACUGCCUCAAAGACAUUUACUUCCAAAGUAAAAGAGUUUAAUCCAGCAGGCAACCCCGACACAAAUGAUACUGUUUGCAUCGAUAUUUUUAGUUGAAAAUAGCAUCUGUAAUGAACUUGUGGGAAAGAGAGACAUUAGCAUUAAGCACACUCAUUGCCACUCGUGCAAAAUUUAAAUGGUCCUGAAUUUCGCUGUAAACCGAAUAAUUUGGGCUAGAAAUACGAGAGGCCCAAACUAAAACCGAGCAAUUUGGGUUUGUAAUAAAUAAAUAAUAAUGAUGAUAUGUUAGAAAUAA